AUGAUAGUCUCGCCGCAAUCCCCGCAAAAGCUGCUGCUUAACUCCGCGUUUUCCGCGUCCUCCUCGCUGCCGAUUCUUCCGGCGUCAAAGGCGGCGACAGAUGCGGCGACGGAGGGGAGCUCAUAUGAGAUUCGAGCGGAACGAAGCAGCAUGCCGGAGGCGAAUGGCGGCGUGGCUGUCGCCAUAGCGGAGGGAGAUCUUCCCGCGCGCCUGCAGACCCUCUGUCUCGCGCCCGCGGUGGCGGCAGCGCUGUGGCGGCGCCAGCAACAGCGGACGGGGGAGGGGUGGGCCCAACCCGCGGGCACGCGCCUUGGGCUUCGCGCAGGGGCGGGGGGAGCGGAAGGAGAGGCCAUGCGCAUGACGAUAGUGUGGGCGCAACAAGGAGCGGAACGCGGAGCGGAAGGGGGGAAUGCGGAUGUGGCGUUCCGCUCGCUGUUUCAAGGUCCGCCCGCGCGCAGCCGAAUGGAGCUUCCCCGCGGACUGGCGGAGUCUUGGCCGGAUGUGACCGUGUCGGAAGGGGCAAGCGGCGGAGACGGAGAGCGCGAAUCGCAGGAAGGGUUGGAGGAAAUCACAGUGAACGUGCCUCAUUGCUCGGAAGAUGCGGCCAACGGGAGCGCGACACCUGGCACGGGAUUCGUGCAUCCGGGCUGGAAGGUGUCGCUGCGAGUGCCACGUCAUCUGAAGACGCUCAGGCACCAGGACUGGACACCCCCCGAGGCAUGUUCCACCUUCCGCCUCUUCCAGUCAUGCCUGGGCGCUCUACAUCCCUCGCCACGUGUCAGCAAAUUACUGGAUGGAGAACUGGGGGAGGAGCAGGAGGAUGAGGCCGAAGGAGCAGGAAGCACAGUGUCACUUUUCUCCAGGCUUAAAUCGAGUACAGCAGUGUACCUUGAGGCCAAUCAGGUGAUGCCAAGUGGCACGUGCGGGGGGUGCCCCGAGGACCCUCUACUCAACUGCACGCUUCGCACGCUGACGUGGCGCUACCUGCGCGUGCCGUCCAACUCGUCUGACGUGGACUUCACUGUAGCAGCUGCCUCUGCUACAGACGCUGCUACAGUCGCGGGCACCUUCCAUCCCCUGCGCGCCCCGUUCCUCCUCCCCCACACCCUCAAGCGGAUCAGCCUGGGCUGCCCUGCCUCUCCCCCUCUUUCCGCCUCCCUUUCUUCUGCUCCUCCUCCUCCUCCACUCUCUACCUCCUCUCGACGAUCCAGCAAGAACGGCGAGCAGCAUAGCGAGGGCGAGGAGGAGAGCGAGCGAGAGGAGCAGCUGGAAAGCGAGGAGCAGAGGGAGGGCGAGGUGCAGAGUGAGGGGGAAGAGGGAACUGGGAGCGGGGAGCAGAAUGAGGGCGAGGUUGGAAGGGAGAGCGAGCAGCAGAGCGCGGGCGGGCAGAAGGGCGAGGGCGAAGGGGGUCCAGCAAAGGCAGUGCGGCGAAGAUGGGUGCUGGAGGAGGGAGGAGAUGCGGAGGAUGCAGGGAGUGAGGGGAGUGAGGGGAGUGAGGGGAGUGAGGGGAGUGAGGGGAGUGAGGGGAGUGAGGGGAGUGAGGGGAGUGAGGGGAGUGAGGAGGCAGAAGACUUGCAGGGGGAGGAAAGGGAAGAGGAAACGAGGGAGGAAGAGCAGGCGGGAGGAGAAGAGAGGGUUGGGCAAGUCACAAAGAAAGAAAUGAGCGACAGAGCUCAAGACGAUAUACUGCUUUGUCCCCAAGGCGGCCUGCACGAGCUGGAAGAGGAGCUAAAGACCAUCUACUGCUUUGUCCCCAAGGCGGCCUGCACGAGCUGGAAGGAGCUAAAGACCAUCUACUGCUUUGUCCCCAAGGCGGCCUGCACGAGCUGGAAGGUGUGGUUCCGCCAGCAGCACAACCUGCCCAACAUCUCCGACGUCUACCUCGCCCACGACCCCAAGCACUCAGGCCUGCACGUCCUCGCGUCCGGAUACGCCGAAUCAGCCGUCAUGGCGCUCCUCACCCGCCCGGACUUCUUCAAAUUCACGUUCGUGCGCCACCCGUUCGCGCGCCUGGCGUCCGCUUACCUCAACAAGCAUGUGAACGGGGGGCCGCCGCAGGGGCGGGCGUUUUGGAACAAGAGGUUCUUCCAUGGCACGCGGCCGUUCCAGUGGCUGGUGGAGCACCAGGGCGGGUCGGACUUGCUGCAGUUUGGCGACUUUGUGGGGCUGCUGCGGACCAUGUUUAAGAGGAGACGCCGCACCAUGGACCCCCAUGUUGCCCCUCAGGUGGAUGUGUGCAGGCUCAACGACAUUCGGUUUGACUUUGUGGGUCAUUUUGAGAACCUGGCGGAGGAUGUGCCGCGCGCAAUGUCUGCGGAAGGAUCCGAGGCGGCGGCAGCCGCGCAGGCCGCACCAGAAUCCUCCUCCACUCCCGCUCCCGCUGCUGACGUGGAUCAGCUUGCAGGGUCGUUCAAUGGGAUGACAUUGGACGAGCGGUACGCACUGGUGCGGAGCGUGGGGGAGGAGUGCAUUCAGGAGGACGAGCUGCGCAACCUGCUGCUCAAGAAGAAAGACCCCGUCGCCUACGAUGGAUUCGAGCCUUCCGGUCGCAUGCACAUCGCACAGGGAGUGAUGAAAGCACUGAACGUGAACAAGCUGACCCAAUCAGGAUGCAUCUUCAAGUUCUGGGUGGCGGACUGGUUCGCGCAGCUCAACAACAAGAUGGGCGGCGAUCUCAAGAAGAUCCAGACCGUCGGUCGCUACAUGAUGGAGGUGUGGCGCGCAGUGGGCAUGGAUCUCACACGCGUGGAGUUCCUCUGGUCGUCUGAGGAGAUCAACGGGCGUGCGGGCGAGUACUGGCCUCUGGUCAUGGAUAUUGCCAGGAAGAACAAGCUGCCAAGGAUUCUCAGGUGUUCACAGAUCAUGGGGCGCAGUGAGACGGACGAGCUAUCUGCAGCGCAGAUCUUCUACCCCUGCAUGCAGUGUGCCGACAUUUUCUUCCUCAAGGCGGACAUCUGUCAGCUGGGCAUGGAUCAGCGCAAGGUGAAUGUGCUGGCGAGGGAGUAUUGCGACGACAUCAAGAGGAAGAUGAAGCCCAUCAUCCUCUCCCACCACAUGCUGCCGGGGUUGUUGCAAGGGCAGGAGAAGAUGUCAAAGAGUGACCCCAACUCUGCAAUCUUUAUGGAGGACGAGGAGGCGGAAGUGAAUGUGAAGAUCAAGAAGGCGUUCUGCCCGCCAGGGGAGGUGGAGGGCAACCCGUGCAUUGCCUACGUGCAGUACAUUGUGCUGCCAUGGUUCAAGCAGUUUGAGGUGGAGCGCAAGGAGGAGCACGGAGGCAACGUGAUUUACACCGAUGCUGAUCAGCUGUGUGCAGACUACAAGGAUGGUAAACUCCAUCCAGGUGACCUCAAGCUGGCGCUUUCCAAAGCAAUCAACAAGAUUCUCCAGCCUGUACGAGACCACUUCAAGACAAACCCUGACGCAAAGAAACUGCUGGCACAAGUGAAGGUAAGUGACGAGUUUUCAUGGCUAUCAGGAGUUCUGCUGUACAUAAACUCGCUGAUUCCUUUCCUCGAUGCCUUUUUGUUAUGCAGAGCUACAAGGUUACAAGGUAGCAGCAGUGAAGCUGCUGGUAGUGUCUCUCCAUGUAACUUAGCUGUGAAUGUCAAGGCAGGUGUCAUGCUGAUGCUGGAAUGA